ACAAACUUUCAGUCGAUUUCAGCUGGAAAUCAUCGAGGGUGUGUGGCUCUUGUGUGUUUGCGGAUUGUAGUGCGGCGUAGAGCAUCCGUCCGGGCACGAAAAAAUUAUCAUAAAUCAGGAAAAAUGCCAAAUUUUUCAAAACUUGCACAACUGAGAGGUUUUGAGAUUAAUCUCUUGAAGGGGUCAGUGCGCCGCUACUCCUCCUCGCCCGCAAAUGCUCAGUUUCGUGAAAUAAUAUCGGAUCAAAUCAAAUCUAUCAAGGAAGCGGGGACUUUUAAAUCGGAACGUGUAAUCACCUCUUCGCAAAGCACCCAGAUUACAGUGGAAGGCAGCAAUAAACAAAUUUUGAAUUUCUGCGCUAAUAACUACUUGGGCUUGGCUAACAACCCCGAAGUGGUCAACUAUUCGAAAGAUGUGUUGGCAAAUUAUGGCGCCGGUUUGAGUUCGGUGCGUUUCAUUUGCGGAACACAAGAUAUCCACAAGAAGUUGGAGAAUAAAAUCGCUCAAUUCCAUGGCCGCGAAGACACCAUACUCUAUGCUUCAUGUUUCGAUGCUAAUGCUGGUCUCUUCGAAGCUAUUAUGACCCCUGAAGAUGCCGUGUUCUCUGAUGAACUCAACCAUGCAUCCAUAAUUGAUGGCAUUCGCUUGUGUAAAGCGCAUAAGAACCGCUACAAGCAUCGCGAUUUAAAUGAUUUGGAAAAUCAACUGAAAUCUUCAACUGCUCGAAUGAAGCUCAUUGUUACCGAUGGUGUUUUCUCCAUGGACGGUAACAUUGCACCUCUUAAACAAAUUGUUGCCUUGGCCAAAAAAUACAAUGCCCUUACAUUCAUUGAUGAAUGUCAUGCCACAGGAUUUUUAGGAAAAACUGGACGCGGUACUGAGGAAUACUGUGACGUGAUGGGCAGUGUUGAUAUUAUUAAUUCAACAUUGGGCAAGGCCUUGGGCGGAGCCGCUGGUGGUUACACAACAGGACCAAAGGAGCUGAUAACCUUUUUGAGACAAAAAUCUCGUCCCUAUCUAUUUUCAAAUACUUUGCCACCAGCCGUUGUUGCCACUGGCACCAAGGUACUGGAUAUGCUCCUAACAUCCAGUGAACUAACGGAAAAAGUUCAAACUAACACCAAACAUUUCCGAGAAGCCAUGACCAAAGCUGGUUUCACAAUUUCCGGUGAGAACCAUCCCAUUUGCCCUGUGAUGUUGGGCGAUGCCCGUUUGGCUUCAACUUUCGCUGAUGAAAUGUUGAAAAGAGGAAUUUAUGUAAUUGGCUUCAGUUAUCCUGUGGUUCCUAAAGGCAAGGCUCGCAUUCGUGUACAGAUUUCAGCAGCUCACAGUAAGGCAGAUAUAGAUCAUGCCAUUUCUGCCUUCAUUGAAGUCGGAAAAUCCCUUAAAGUUGUUCAGUAAAUUGUGAAAUCAGUUUCCAAUUUUUAUUGCAGAUGUUCAUCAAUUAAGUUUAAGUUCUAUUGCAUUUAUGUUAUGUAAAACGAAAGAAAGCGAAUAAAAUGUUUUUGAUUCUUUUAAA